GGGGCCGGCAUGGCGCAGGAGGGGCCGCCCGCCUCCUUCUACCCCGGCCAGGAGCUCGACCUGUCCACCAAGGUGUACAAGAGGGAGUCAGGGAGCCCCUUCUCGGUGCUGGUGGACAGCAAAGUGAGCAAAGGCCACCUCCACGAGAGGGAGGAGCAGCCGUUUUUCAGGGAGAGCAGAGCGGUAGGAGAGGUCCGGGCUGUGAAAGAAGACAGGGAAAACUCUGACGACUCUGAGGAGGAGGAGGAAGAGGAGGAAGAUGAAGUGACUUACAAAAGGGAGCAGAUUAUAGUGGAGGUAAACCUUAACAACCAAACCUUAAAUGUGUCCAAAGGGGAGAAGGGUGUCCCCUCCCAGUCCAAAGAGACUGCUGUCCUUAAGAGCAGCAGUGAGGAAGAGGAGGGUGACAGUGGGGAAGAGGCCACGGAAGACAGUAAUGAUUAUGAGGAGAAUGAGAGGCAGAAGAAAAAGGAGAAAAGAGUGGAGAAGGUUAGUGUUGGCCAGAGGAGAAGCAGGAGAGCCGCCUCCGCCGCGGCCGCCGCCGCCUCGCCGGCGCCCCGAGCCACGCGGGGCCGCAGGAAGAGCGCCGAGCCCCCCAAGCGUAAGAAGAAAACUGCAAAGGAGCCCAAGGCGCCUGUGCAGAAAUCCAAGUGUGAAGAGAAGGAGACCCUGACCUGUGAGAAGUGCCCCAGGGUGUUUAACACACGCUGGUACCUGGAGAAGCACAUGAACGUCACCCACAGGCGGAUGCAGAUCUGCGACAAAUGUGGGAAGAAAUUUGUGCUAGAGAGUGAGCUGUCCCUCCACCAGCAAACUGACUGUGAAAAAAACAUCCAGUGCGUGUCCUGCAACAAAUCCUUCAAGAAGCUCUGGUCCCUCCACGAGCACAUCAAGAUCGUGCACGGCUACGCCGAGAAGAAAUUCUCCUGCGAGAUCUGCGAGAAGAAGUUCUACACCAUGGCCCACGUGCGCAAACACAUGGUUGCCCACACCAAGGAGAAUUUUGGGAUCUCUGGAGGGAUUGAGGGGUCCUUCAAGCGCAGCAUGUCCCUCAAGGUGCACUCCCUGCAGCACUCAGGGGAAAAACCCUUCAGGUGUGAGAACUGCGAUGAGAGGUUCCAGUACAAGUACCAGCUGCGCUCCCACAUGAGCAUCCACAUCGGGCACAAGCAGUUCAUGUGCCAGUGGUGUGGCAAGGACUUCAACAUGAAGCAGUAUUUUGAUGAGCACAUGAAAACCCACACUGGAGAGAAACCCUUCAUCUGCGAGAUCUGCGGCAAGAGCUUCACCAGCCGGCCCAACAUGAAGCGGCACCGGCGGACGCACACGGGCGAGAAGCCGUACCCGUGCGACGUCUGCGGCCAGCGCUUCCGCUUCUCCAACAUGCUCAAGGCCCACAAGGAGAAAUGUUUCCGUGUCACCAGCCCUGGCACCAGCCCUGGCACCAGCCCCGCGCUGCUGCCCGGCCCCUGCCCGGCCCCCGUGGCCGCCGGCGCUGUCGCGGCGCUGGGGCUGAGCCCGGCCGUGCAUGGCCGGCCUGGCACGGCCGCACUGACACGGGCUGGGAUCUGGGAUCCAGCUUUGGGAUCUGGGAUCCAGGAUGGGGGAUCUGGGGUGGGGUUGAGCUGCUGA